UGAUCUUGAAGGAAGGCAGUCGAUGAAGAAGGAAAAAGUCUUCCUCCGAAGGAAGGUCAACCCCUUCCUCUCUCUCGCAUUCAGAAGGCCCUUCACCACCAUCGUUCGGAUUUCCGCUACCAGAAAUUGUCUGUUCCUCUUCGAGCGUCAAGUGAAAGAUGGAAGGAGUUGUUUCAAUUUUGCUGGAGAAAUUGACGGACUUGUGGUUCGGAAAGGCUGAAGAACUUGCUUCUGUUAGUGGGGAGCUCCUGAAACUGGGUAGCCAAUUGAAGGCUAUCCAGCCUCUUCUUGAAGAUGCUCACGACAAGCAAUUCGCAUCGGCGCACAUCAAGGAAUGGAUUUCAAGGCUGAACGAGGUCUUGUAUGAUGCCGAAGAUGUAAUCGAUCUUUACAGGGUCAGGAUCGAGUCCAACUCAGUCGAUGCACGGGGCGAGAAGCGGAAGGUAACCAAAUUUCUGCCCUCCUUUUCAGAGUGCCGUAACCUCCCUUUUCUUAGUGAAAUUUCUAGUGAGAUAAAAGCAAUCAAUGAGAGGCUUAGCAUGAUUUGGAAAGAGAAGGAUCUUUAUGGCCUUGUUCCGUUGGUGGGAGAUCGUUCGAGAUCUCCACAGCAUACUGCAGAGGUGUACCCAAACCGCCAAACUACUUCCUACAUCACUGAGCCACAUGUUUAUGGAAGGGAAAGAGACGAGGAGUUGAUAAUAGAGUGGUUGAAGAAGGAGGUUUGUGAGGGAAGGGGAGAAAACGCCCGAGUCAUUGCAAUCGUUGGCAUGGGGGGAGUCGGCAAGACGACCCUGGCGAAGAAGGCUUACAAUAAUUCUAGCAUAAAAGAACAUUUCGAGAAAUUCAUGUGGGUUUGUGCAUCAGAAAUACCACAAGCAUUGCAUCUGUUCAAGCAUGUAUUGGAAGCAGCUGGUGGAAAAGAAAGUGGUGCUGAUAAAAUAAUGGGCUUGAAUGUCUUGCACUCGGAGAUAAGUCAGCAUUUGAAGGAAAAGAAAUUUCUACUCGUUUUAGAUGAUGUUUGGAAUGAUGACUGGUGGACAGAAUUGAAUGGGCUUCUGCAAGUUGGAGCCUUGGGGAGUAGGGUCUUAGUCACUACAAGAGAGAAGAGUGUCGCAGAGACAAUGGAUGCAGCGUACUUGCACGAUUUGAAGUGCUUAUCUGAUGAAGAAAGCUGGAACCUGUUUAUUAGCAAAACAUUAAGAAGAAAUGAGUUAAUAGUAGAUCUUGCUAGAGUUGAGGACAUUGGAAGGAUCAUAGUUGGAAAGUGCAGAGGAUUGCCACUUGCUUUAGGUCUUGUAGCAAGUAUGUUGCGCCACAAGAAGAGAGAAAGGCCAAUUUGGCAAGAAGUUGUCAGCAGCCCCUUGUGGUCUUGGAAACAGAGCAACAAUGAAAACAGUAUAAUUUCAGCUAUAGCGUUAAGCUACAUGAGUCUUCCUUUUGCUUUAAAACAGUGCCUAACUUACUUAUGUACAUUCCCCAAGGAUUUUAAGAUUGAAAAACAUUUCCUACUAAGGUUAUGGGAGGCAGAAGGUUUUGUUUCAAAAGACGGAGUAGACACAGAGGCUCUGGCUGGCCAGUAUCUUGAAGCAUUGGCUAAUUGCUCAUUGGUUCAAGUAGAACAGUACAAAACAACAUAUUAUAGGUUGCAUGACAUUGUUCAUGAUUUCGCUACUUACAUAAGAGGUCAUGAUUGUGCAGAUGCGGCUUCUUUAACUUCAGCAACUGUGUCCCAUCAACCACGCUUCUUCUUUUCAUCAAGGUAUGAUCCAUGUCCUACUGAUGAUGCUCUAAGAAGACUCACGAAACUGCGCACGUUGCUCAUGAUUAGAGGGGGACGUCUGUUACCCAUGACAAUAGUUUCAAAGUUAAACUGGUUAAGGGUCUUAGAUGUGAGCUAUAGUAGCAUAUCUGAAUUGCCUGAAUCAUUGGGUAACUUAGUACUGCUAAAAUACUUGAAUGUUUCUCACACAAGGAUAUGCUCAUUGCCAGAAUCCAUUGUAAAAUUAGGUGACCUUCAAAGGUUAGACCUUGAUUCAACUUCCAUUAAAGAGCUUCCAAGAGGCAUUUCACAACUUCGUGCACUAAGGCAUGUUCACUUGGAAAAUGCAUACUCCUUGGAAUUUUUGCCGAAGGAAAUGGGAAGGCUGACAUGCUUACUGACAUUGAGCAAUUUUUUGGUGGGCAGUAGAAGGUUGGGUGAAUGUGGAAGCAGCAUAAGGGAGUUAUGCCACCUAAAUUGUUUAAGAGGAAAGAUAGCCAUUGAAAAUAUAGAAAGAGUAAGGAGCAAAGAAGAGGCUAAAGAAGCCGAGUUAGAGAAGAAAAUAUACUUAGAAUGCUUAAGGUUAUCAUGUGACUGGAAAUGCACACAAAAUUUUGACAGAAGGGCUGCAGAAAAAGUACAGGACAUAUAUGAAGAACUUCAACCUCCCAUGAGCUUGAAAAAGCUAGAAAUAUACAAUUAUGGGGGCCUUACUCUUCCCACUUGGUUUAACUCCACAACAUACUAUGGUUUGGAGGACGUCACCUUAUAUAAUUGCAAAUUUCUGGUAGAGCUACCCAUGUUGGGGCUUUUGCCAAACCUGGUAAAACUCGAGAUAGAAGGUGCUUCCAGUGUCAAGAUAAUUGAUAAUAGGUUUCACCAUAGUUUUGGAGAAGUUGGGUUUCCCAGGAUUGAAGAGCUAGUUAUUCGUGACAUGAAAAGUCUAGAGGAGUGGUCAUUCAACGCUGAUGGAAGAACAAUGCCUCGUCUUAGAAAUCUGACAGUUUAUGACUGCCCAAAAUUAAGGAGAUUACCCGAUGGCCUACAACUCAACAGGCUCCACAAACUGAAAAUGAAGAAUCUUUUUAUGCUUGAUUCCAUAUGUUUGACAUCACUGGAGAACAUGAGAAAACUCAAACUCUGUGCGUUGAACAAAAUAAACAUACGAGGUCUACAUGGCCUCAAAACUGCAAAUAUGCUUCAAAAGCUGGAUCUCAAGGGACUUCCGAAGUUGGAUGUAGAGUCAAAAUCACUGGAACAGGCAUUGCAGGUGAUGAAUCAGGUGACAGUCUUGAUUUUGCAAGAUUGUCACACAGUAGCAGAAUCCGUAGCAGAUGUAUUUAGGUGCCACCACCUCCCCAACCUUCGCCUUCUCAAGAUUUUCUCUACUGUAUCUCUGAUGGAUGAUAUGGACCGGGGGAGAUCUUCAGUUGCAUUUGAGUUGGAAGUUGAUUGUGUUGAGAUGGGCGUCAGACUGAGUGGGUUUGGAAACAUAGGCGAUAGGGUAGGACAUCUUUGCAUAAGGUUGUCAAAUGAAGUGGACUAUCUUCCAGAAUGGAUUCAACAUCUCCACCAACUGCAUUACUUAGAAAUUAGGGACAGUCCUAGGCUUUCUUGCUUAUCAGAUUGGUUGGGUAAAUUGUCUAAGCUUCAGAGGCUGCGCCUCUAUAAUCUACCAGAGUUAAGGGGCCUGCCAGACAAGAUGGAAGCCCUUACUCAGCUGCAAGAGUUGAAGAUUCAAGAAAUCCCCAGGUUGACCCAUUUGCCUACAUGGUUGGGCAAGUUGUCCAAGCUUCAGAGGCUGGCACUCGAGAACCUUUCUGAGCUAAGAAGUUUGUGGGAUGAGAUAAACACCCUCACUCAACUUGAACAAUUGUUCAUCUACAACAUCCCAAAGCUGACCAACCUGCCAGAAUGGCUGGGCAAGUUGUCGAAGCUACAGGGGUUAUACCUUUGGCACCUGCCAGAGUUGAGAAGCCUGCCAGAAGGCAUGAAAAAUCUGACCCAACUUCAAGAACUAGAAAUCAAAUAUAUCCCCAGGCUAGCCCCUCUGCCGGACUGGCUGGGCAAUUUAUCCAAGUUUCGAAGAAUAAGCUUCUAUCACCUCCCACAGUUGAAUGACACUAUCCCUCACUCGAUCUGAACAAAUGGCAAGAGGAGGUACUCAUUUUUUUAGAGAGGCUUCAGCAUUGAAAGUCAAGGUUCUGUUGCAGUUUAGGAUGCACAAUCAAGAUUUCAAAUGCAGCAAAUGAAUCAACAUCGGCCCCAUUCAUUUUAGUACUGUUACGUAGAGGAUGCCACUUGCAGUCAUAUGAACUACUUUCAUACCAUGCUAGAAAGAUUCACAUCUGUGACAUCUAUUAAUCUUGUGAUUCCAAUCUACCCGUGUUUUUUGUUCCGAAGAUCUUACCAUUUCCGAAGGAACUAGUGCUUCGGAAUCCACAAACUCUCCUGACUGAUAGUCAGAAUUUCUUCGAAUGUGUACUUGAAAUGAGUAUAACUGCACAGCAUAUGAUACACGUUA